AUGGACGGUUAUCCAUCUUAUCGACGUAGAGACGUAGACUAUGGUGGUCAAUCAUAUGAAUUGCGUCUGUCAAAUGGUGUGAGAGUAGAUAUUGAUAAUCGUUGGGUAGUUCCAUAUUCGCCAUUGGCGCCAUUGCUGUGCAAAACCUACAAAGAGCACAUAAACGUUGAACUAUGCAGUUUGGUGAAGUCUAUCAAAUACAUUUGUAAGUAUGUUCACAAGGGUAGUGAUAAAGCUAUAUUUGCUGUUCAAAAUGUUAACGACAAUGACGAAAUAACACGUUAUCAAAUGGGUCGAUACAUAAGUAGCAACGAAGCUAUUUGGCGCAUUUUUACGUUCCCUUUACAUGAAAGGGAUCCUGCUGUUAUACAUUUGGUUGUUCAUCUGAAAACGGACAGCGUGUUUACUUUACAGAAGAAACUGCACUACAACAGUCGACAAGAUGCUGUUGGUCAAUUCGCAAAUACGUUGAUGUACACUGAUGUUUCUAAAUUGUUUACAUGGAAUAAACAAUCAAAGAAUUGGGAACCGCGGAAUCGGGGCAUUCCAGUACCAGGAUUCGCUGAUAUAUUUAUGACAAAAACUUUAGGUCGAUUAUAUACAGUUCAUCCUAAGCAACGCGAAUAUGCAGCACUGAGCUCAUCUCCACAAAAAAUUCGUCAAUUAUUUUCAAUAAUAUUGACAACGUGUUUUUCGUCUGAUGCAUCUGCUCUGUGGAACAAAUAUAAAGGCUCAAUGAGUGAGGAUAUUUUGCAUCGGACUAGAAUUACUAAUAAAAAUCUUAAUAUUGAAUUCUCCGCCGAAAUAUACAACGAGUCAAUAAUAAUGAUUGAGGAUAUUUGUAUUCUUAUUUCAAACAUGCCGCUAAUCCAUUUUGAAAUGCCAGCGCCGAAUCGCCCAGCAGUAGACAUCAUCAACAGCGAUGUUCAACGUGAACAAGAGUUCGAUAAGACUUCUUUGGCUACUUUUGUUGCGGAAAAUGAACAAUUGCUUGCUGCUGAACAACGAAAUGUAUAUGAUCAAAUUAACGUUUUAAUUGCAGCACAACAAGGUGGAUUCUUUUUUUUAGACGCUCCAGGUGGCACUGGUAAAACAUCUCUUAUCGCACCGAUACUUGCGCGGAUUCGAUCUCAAAAUCAUAUUGCAUUGGUCAUUGCCUCAUCAGGCAUUGCAGCAACGUUACUUGAUGGUUGA